CGCGCGGGGGCGGGGGGGCUGGCGGCAGCGGUGAGCGGGCAGGCUCAGACGUGGCACUUGGGUGCGUGAGUGCCACCGAGUGGAGGCGUGCGAGGCCAAGCGGGAGGCGGCGUGCGGCCGCCAGGUAGCGGUUUUAACGGCCAUCCCGGGGUCUCGGUCUGCGCUACUGCUUCUGUCGAGGGGGGAGGAGGGCAGCGGUGGGGAUUGGGCCCUGCGAGCGGGGCAGUGUCUCGGCACAUAGAGGAGUUCUGCAUCUUCACAGAGGUACCACUGCUGAAGAGGAUUUCAUAGAUUUCUUACUUGAAGCAAUAUUAGGAAUACGCAUAUUGCCAUCAUGAGUCAACAAGGGUAUGUUGCAGCUCCUGCAUAUUCCCAGUCCCAGCCAGGAAGGGGAGGCUUUUCUGCAGGUUUUGGGCCACCUAAUCCUUCACUUCAUUAUGGGGACCCUAACUCCUCAUACUUGGCACCUCAACCAGGUGUGCUGAAAUCAAAUGUGCCUUUUGGAUCUUCAGCUCCUGUUGGGCCUCUGCCACCUGGUACACAUCAGUUCAGCCAGACCAACUUUCAAAAUGGGGCCAGUACACCAGGGCAACAGAUACAUAGGUUUCAAGGCCCUCCACCUUCACGCAAUGCAGAACCUUCGUAUCCAUCAUACAGUCAUCAGUCACAACCAGCCUACCCAAGUACUGCAUCCACUUCAGCUGAUACACAACUCGCUAACCAGCUCAACAGUAUGCAGAUAACUAGUUAUGCAUCAAAACCAGAAGAUGGUUGUAAACCAGGUCCUAGCACUACUCCAAGCUCUCGUGUGUCUUCUGGGAACCCAGCAUCAUUUCAGGGUCCACAGUUACCACCAGCAACACAGCAGCAAAUCGCUUUACCACCUGGACUGCAGGUUCCUCCACCAGCAAAUAAUGCUAAUGGCCUUUGUGCUCAAACAUUGCCCCCUGUGGCCAGAUACGAUGGAAUCCUUGGACCUGUCCCCCCAAAUUCAAACAUGCAACAGCUUUCAGGACAACCUCCAGGGUCUGGAUAUCAUCCUCAGCAAGCAAACUAUGGUCCUCAGAUAGCAGGUUCUCAACUGUCUUAUCCUGGUGCUUUUCCUGGGGGUCCAACACAGCUUGCAGGUCCACAACAGAAGCAGCUUGAUCCUGACUCUAUUCCGAGUCCAAUUGAAGUAAUUGAAAGUGAUAAGGCUUUUAGGGGAGGGCAGAUCUAUGCUACAAACACAAGAGGACAGGUCCCUCCUCUUGUCACCACAGACUGCAUAAUCCAAGACCAAGGCCAUGCCAGCCCUCGUUAUAUCCGAUGCACUACCUACUGCUUCCCAGUGUCUUCAGAUAUGGCCAAACAGGCUCGCAUUCCACUGGCAGCUGUCAUCCAGCCUUUUGCUAUUGUUCCACCGAACGAGGCACCUCUUCAUGUUGUAAACCAUGGUGAGACUGGACCAAUCCGAUGCAACCGGUGCAAAGCUUAUAUGUGUCCCUUCAUGCAGUUUAUUGAAGGUGGAAGACGAUACCAGUGUGGAUUUUGCAAUUGUAUAAAUGAUGUCCCUGUAUUCUUUUUUCAACAUUUGGACCACACUGGCCGACGCUUAGACCACUAUGAAAGACCUGAGCUCUCUCUGGGAUCUUAUGAAUAUGUUGCUACUUUGGAUUACUGCCGAAACAACAAGCCUCCAAAGCCACCAGCUUAUAUCUUCAUGAUUGAUGUAUCAUACAGAAACAUAAAUAGUGGCCUUGUUAAACUCGUAUGUGAUGAACUGAAGACUCUUCUAGAUAAACUUCCAAGAGAAGAGCAAGAAGAAUCCUCAUCCAUUCAAGUUGGUUUUGUCACUUACAACAAGGUCCUCCACUUCUUCAAUAUUAAAAGCAGCUUAGCACAGCCUCAGAUGAUGGUGGUCUCGGAUGUUGGGGAAGUUUUUAUUCCUUUACUGGAUGGUUUCCUUGUUAACUUUAAGGAGUCACGAUCUGUUGUUAUCAACUUGUUGGACCAGAUUCCAGAGAUGUUUGCAGACACUAAUGAGAGUGAGACCAUCUUCGCUCCUGUUAUCCAGGCUGGCAUGGAGGCGCUAAAGGCUGCAGAAUGUGCUGGGAAACUGUUUAUCUUCCAUUCUUCUUUGCCAACUGCUGAAGCACCCGGGAAGCUGAGGAACAGAGAUGACAAAAAAUUACUCAAUACAGAUAAAGAAAAGACGCUCUUCCAGCCUCAGGUAAAUUCUUAUGAAGCCCUAGCCAGGAAUUGUGUGGCUAAUGGCUGCUGUGUGAAUUUGUUCAUCUUCCCAAAUCAGUACGUGGACAUAGCCUCCAUGGGCGUCGUCACAAUGUACACUGGAGGAACGUUGUACAAGUACAACAAUUUCCAGCUGGAUGCUGACAGCCCGCAGUUCUUAAGCGACCUCAGGAAAGAUAUCAAAAAGACAAGCGGAUUUGAUGCAAUAAUGAGGGUGCGGACAAGUACAGGCUUCAGGGCUACGGAUUUCUUUGGUGCUAUUUGCAUGAACAACACCACAGAUGUAGAGAUGGCAGCAGUUGACUGUGAUAAGGCAGUGACAGUGGAGUUCAAGCAUGAUGACAAACUGAAUGAAGAUAAUGGAGCCUUAAUUCAGUGUGCAGUCCUUUACACAUCAAUAAGUGGGCAAAGAAGGCUUCGCAUACACAACAUUGGCUUAAAUUGUAGCUCCCAGUUAGCUGAUGUCUAUAAGACAUGUGAGACUGAUGCGCUUAUCAACUUCUUUGCUAAGUCAGCUUUUAAAGCCAUUCUAAGCCAACCACUGAAGAUGGUCAGAGAGAUCCUGGUGAACCAGACAGCUCACAUGCUGGCCUGUUACAGGAAGAACUGUGCCAGCCCCUCAGCAGUCAGCCAGCUCAUCCUUCCAGAUGCAAUGAAGGUGCUGCCAGUGUACAUGAACUCCCUGCUGAAGAGCUGGGUGCUGGUGGGCAGGCCAGAAAUUCCAACUGAUGAGCGAGCAUACCAGCGGCAGCUGGUCACUGCUAUGGGAGUUGCUGACACACAGUUGUUUUUCUAUCCUCAGCUUCUGCCACUUCACAGCCUGGAUCUGAAGAGUGACAUUGUUCCAGCUGCUGUCCGGUGUUCCGCUGAACGUCUCUCAGAAGGAGGGGCCUUCCUGCUGGUCAAUGGGCUAAAUAUGUUCUUGUGGCUUGGAGUCAGUGCACCCCCAGAGCUCAUCCAAGGAUUUUUCAAUGUACCGUCCUUAGCACACAUCAGCACGGAGGCUACAUCACUGCCUCAGCUGGACAGUCCGCUUUCUAAGAAACUGAAGUCAAUACUGGACCAUAUCCAGAGCCAAAAACCCUACACUAUGAAGUUGAUGAUUGUCAAACAACAAGAGCAGCCUGAGAUGCUUUUCCGACAGUUCCUAGUGGAAGACAAGAGUAUUUAUGGAGGAGCUUCCUAUAUGGAUUUUUUAUGCUGUGUUCACAAAGAGAUCUGCCAGCUGCUCAGUUAAGAAAAUGCAAGUAUUUGUCAGUUUUUCUGAUUUUGCAAGAGGGAUGGUUAUUGUGCCUGAAGGUUGGCCCAGAGCUCCACCCUGUCCAGGCAUUCUGCUGUGCUUCAGUGGCCCUUUUCUAUGCUCUUUUUUGUACAAUUUCAUUUCAAACCUCUCAGCAUGUAUUCAGUUUACACUAAGCUGUAGAAUAGGAUGUUCUGCACUCAGGUAUUAAAUCUUCUGGGAGGGAGUUCUGACUCCUUCUCUAAGUUGAACUGCCAGAUUUCACACUGUCCAUGCUUAUAAGCAUAUGGUAUGCAUUUAUUAAAAUAUAAUUUAGAAAACUGUUUUGCUUUUGCUACUCAAAAGUUGUAGAAGAGCUAGGAAGGAAAGAUGGUAAAAAUAUACAUGGAAAAAAAAUUACAAACCAUUGUUUUUAAUAAGUGAGGGUAUACAGCUGAAUCAGUAAUGCAGUAAUCAUGUAGUUCAAUUUGUGUACUUCAGAAUCCUUCAUGUAAAGCUAAUCUCUAAAAAUAUAAUUCCCUGUUUCCUGGAAGGGACAAGCAUAACUUCCUUUCUACAGAAACAGCACUGGGCAGCCUUCCACACCUAGAAUUAUCCAGGCCACAAAAUGCCUUGGUUUAUAACUGGACUUGAGCAAGUUCUAGAAGAAUGGAUGACAGGAAGAGUAAUCAAUCAUUUUGCUAAGUUUGGCAGAUAAUGCCACACUAUGAUGGUACAAUUCUCUAUUGUCAAGUAAUAUAGCAUAUUAUCUAAUUACAUUUUCAAAACUGAUGAGCUAACUGGAAUAUUCCCAGUACAACUUAGAUAAAAAUCUGUCCUUUAGUGGCAGGUCCGCUGUACGCCAGUUGAUACCCUAACCACAAGUUAUUUGUGGUGCUAUAAAAAGCAUCUUGUGUAAUACCAGUUCUAUGACAGUGACUCUUCUCACAUGAUUGAUUUAUUCAGCAGUCACUUCUUUGAAAACUAAGGCUGUGGUAAUUUAUGUUCAUAUAUUUAAGGUAAAAUAAGAAAGCCAGAGUCUUUGGCUCUGUUUACUUCAUGUCACAUUAGACUAUUUAGGACCAAUGCCUCUACACCAAACCUGAAAAGCUACCUUUACAAAAAUUAGUCUUUCAAAGAGAGCAAAAAAAAAAAAAAAAUCAAAAGUAUGAGAGUUGGGCCUCUUA